UCAAGUGGUCCCGCGAACCAUCUCCAUUUCUUUUUACCUUUCUCCCUUCUCUCUCCCCCAAAAACUAUCAGAACUUUCUCCCAAUUUCAAUUUUCAUCAGAUUCCUUCCAUGGAACUCAAAAUCGCUCCAGAAAGCGAUUCGAGGGUUAGGGUUUCAGAGGAGGAGAAGAAGAAGAACGGUAGGAAAAAUUCUAGGGUUUCUGCGUCGAAUUCGGUCUCGGGCGAAGGCGACGAGGACGACGAGGACCUUCCGAUCUCUGCAUUACGCAGAAUCUCUAAGCGCGAGAAAUCGAGUGUAGUUUCGGAGGAUUUCACGGUUCCUGCGCCGACUGGUGAUGACACUGACGAUCUUCCGCUCUCUGCGUUUCGCAGAAUCUCUCUGCGAGAGAGAUCAAGUGUAGACGCGAAGGAUUUGAGGGUUCCAGGAAGGAAAUCCGAUGUCAGGGUUGGGGUUUCAGAGAAGAAGGGCGGGGAGGGAACCUCUGGGGCUUCGAAUCUCGCUUCGAGAUGUGACCAUGGAGAUGUUGGUCAUUUACGGUCUUCGGAUGCUCCUAGAGCUGGAAAAUUGGAAGAAGAGACGAGUAAUGAGGAGGAUUUUGGAAUAUUUGAAUCGAAUGGGAGGAUAGAUGGCAGUGGUGAUGAAAGCGGCAAUGAAUGUGAUAAUCUCAUGAUCUCUUCACUUUUUAGAAUAAAGGGAAAGGGUUUUGGGGAUUUGAAGAAGAAGAAUGAUUCCAGGGUACCAGGCAAGAAGGGAGAUCCAAGGAUUUCCGACAAGGAGAAGAAUUGUCAGAGUUUUGAAGAGGAUGUUAGAGAAAAUGGAACUGGUUUCAAUGCUGACAAGGACUCUUGUAGUUUUGAAGAAGAGAAUGAUUUUAGGGUUUCGAAAGAGGUUGGGAGUGGGGAUUUUGGGUUCCGGAGGUUUGGAAUCGGAGAUAUGGUUUGGGCAAAGGCAUUCCCACACACAUGGUGGCCUGGCAGGAUUCUCAGAAAGGUUGGUUGUCGGGCGCUAGUGUCGUUUUUUGGGGGUGAGAAAAGUGGUCUGUUUCUUGAAUCAGAAGUCCGUGGUUUUGAGGAGAAUUAUUUAGCAUUGUCGAGGAUGGCUGGAGGGAAGUUGUUGGAUGUGAUUGGUUGUGCUUUGGAGGAGUUGGGCCGGAGAGCAGAUUUGGAGUUGACUUGUCCUUGCGAGAGUCGGAUGGAGGAUAUGGAAAGCGAGAGAUUAAUCGAUGUUGGAGAUCAUUCAAGUGAAUUUGUUGAAGCAAAGAAGGGAUUUCAGCCAGUGAAGAUGUUGGGUUUUGUUCUUAAGAUGGCUGUUUGUGCGCAGGUUAAAAGUGCAGAAGCUGUCAGCAAAGCUAGGGCAGCUGGACAACUUAAUGCCUUUCGGCGGUAUGUUUCAAUCAGGCCAGAUUGGAUGUAUUAUGAAACAAUGAGGAUCUCAGGAAGCAGUGCAGUCAUGGAUGAUUCACAAGGCACCGAUCUAGAGACGCUUUCACAUGCCUCUUCUGAGAAUGAGAUGCCGUAUUAUGUGUUUCAAGAUGCAGAAGACAAUGUUCAAGUGGAUGAACAGGAAGACGAGCCUGAGGUAUUUUCAUGGCGAGAAAAAAGGGGUUUGGAAAUCUGCAUGACAAACAGUCAAAAUUUUAGUUUAUUUUCUCCAAAUGAAGAAUUUAAACCUCUGGAAGAUGAUCAAGUAGAUGAUGUUGAUGACUCAAGUCUAUCUUUGGAAGAGGAUUCUAGUAUUAAAGAAGUUCAUAUGGAGCAGAACUCAGCUGCUGCUUUUGCAUCACAGCAACUGGACACCGAGGAAAUGAGCGACUCGAGUGUCAGAUGUCCAAGAGCUGCUCAUGUCAAUGCAGACCUUGGGACUGAAUUUGAUGUAAAUUCUGUCUCUGUACUCGCCGGUGAUAUUACUUGUGCCCGCAAGGAAAUUGAAAAUUUGUGUGGGAAUGAUUCUAUGCUCUAUUCAUCCUCAUAUACAGAUUCUGAAAGCCCUUCAACAACUGUUUUAGAAUCCGAAAAGGAGAUACAUCAGGAUGAUAUGACUAUUGCUGGCAGAGAAUACAAAGUCGACAAUUCUCUAACAAAGCGAGUUUAUUCAUCUCGUGAAAAACAGAAUGAUGCAUACACUGCUGUAGGAGUCCAUGAACCUGACACGUGUUUGCCAAAAAUCAGAUCAGAAAUUGUACAACAGCUGCCUACUUAUCCUUCCACAGAGUCUCUGAUCUAUGCUAGUGACGAAAGCGAGGUACAAUCCCUUCAUGAAAUGCUAAAACACAUACAUUGCCUUGCAUUGGAUCCAUUUUAUAAAGGGGCAGGGGGCUUGAAGUCCGUGACGCAAAAUGUUUUGAAGUAUCGGAGAUUGGUCUACCAGAACGUCCCAAAUCUUGCUUCCUUGAAGUAUAUUCCUAAUCAUGGUCAUAAUCUAAGGGUGAAGGAAAUUUGUGGCGCUGACCCCCUUUUGUGUCCCACUAUGGAAACCACCAAAGUGCAACCUGCUUGCAAGGUUGGUGUUGCAAGUGAUUUGACCAGCCAAGAUCAGUUGUCUUUGCAUGUUAGUGAUGGCGGGACUGAAAUUCAUCUUAGUGAUAUAGUUGGUGCUGCAGCUAAUGUUAUCGAAGAUGAAAGUGAUGACAAGAAAGUCAUCUGCAGCUCGAGCUGUCAUAUGAACAGUUCCAAGGACAGUUCCAGCGGAAAGAGGAGGCUUGAUGAACCCGUUGUGUCUGGUCUCCCUUUCAAGUUGCGGAAAACUCAGCCUACGCCCUCAGUCCACGAAUAUGGGGCUUGUUCACUGGUAACAGAACCCAAGUCUUUGCCAUCAACAGCUCAAAGUGAUCCUGCUCACGAAGGCACGAUGCAGUCUCUUCAUGACAUGCUAAGACACCUGUAUUGCCUUGCGCUGGAUCCGUUUUAUUCUAGAAAAGAGAACGUGAAGUCUAUUUGGUGGAAGAUUUUGAAGUAUAGGACUUUGGUUUCCCAGAAUGUCUGUGAUCUUGCUUCUUCAAGACAUACAUCUGAUGGUGGCCAUGCACUUAAAACAAGCAAGUUGCCGGAACUCUCUGGACAUGGGUCAUCCUUACAUCUCAGUACCAGUGCUGCCAAAAGCUGUCCUGAUGAUGAGAUCAGUGUUGCGAAUGAUGGCAAUAACGAAGCUCAGUUAUUUCCAGAUGCUGGUGAUGACAUCAAUAUGACUCAUUGUGGCGACAAGGUUGGUGUUGCCUUUGAAAGUGACACAAAUGAAGUUGAUUGUAGCUUGAGUUGCCCUUUGGACAGAUCUGGGGACAGUAUCCUUGGAAAGAGGAGGGUUGAUGAACCAGAUGCUUCUGGUCUCUCAUUCAAGUUGCUCAAAACUUGGCCUUUUUCUUCUGCGUGUGAAUCUGAAACUUGUUCUCUAAAACCCAGAUCAGAAAUAGAACAAUCGACUCCAGUUGAUUUUUCCAUUGAGCCUCAGUUAAGUUUGGGGACUUGCACCUACCCAGCUGAUGAAAGCAUAUCACUGUCUGUUCGUGAAAUGUUGAGGCACUUACGUUGCCUUGCAUUAGAUCCAUUCUAUUCUGGAGAACAGGACUUGAAGUCUGUGCAGGCCAAGUUUUUGAAUUAUAAAACUUUGGUGUACCAAAAUAUCUCUAAUCCCGCUUCUUUAAAAUAUACUUCCAAUGGUGGUCAUGCUCCUGAAGCCACCAAGGCACAACAGGAAAAGUCUGGUCUUAAACCAUUGUUGCGUUCCAGCAAUGGUGUCGCCAAACUUCAUCCAGAUGAUAAGGUGGGCCUUGCAGAUGAUGUAAUCAUUGAAGCAAAAUUAGCCUCUCACGUUGGAGAUGAUAGCACCAAAAAACCUAGUGACAAGGCUGACUUUCCUGUUCAUACACUUGAUGUAGAAAGAGACAGGAGGGGAGUUAGUUGCAGCAGAAGUGACUUGCAGGAACCCUCUGCACUUCGAAAGUUGGAUCUCAGUAACAAAGGCGAUGAAGCUUCUUCCAGUGAUAAGGUAUGCAUUGAGAUUGAGGCAACCAAGAAUGCCCACUUAUUAUCUCAAAUUAGUGAAGAUAGCAAGAAAAUUAGUGCAGAAGUUCGUGCCCUGGGUCCUCCUCCAGAGCAUUCCAAGGACGAUCUCUAUGGGAAGAGCAGACACAAUCAACACGUUAAUUCCAAUCACUCAUUCAAGUCGCCAUUAACUCGAUUAUAUGCAAGUCCCUUGUUGAAGGAUGGUUUGAACUCCCCUUCGGGUGCUCACCAAACUUUGAAGGCAGAGAGAGACCCUGGAGGGCCCAUGUGCCUGCAUAUGAAAUUCCCAAAGGACUUCAGUCUGCCUUCCAGAGAAGAGUUGGUGAAGAAGUUCAUUGCAUUUGGGCCGCUGGAUGUUUCAAGCACCCGGGUAUUCUUCUACACGGGCUCUGGGCAAGUGGUUUUCUUGCACCAGCGUGAUGCAGAAGCUGCAUGCCGAUAUGCAAGGAAGAAGAAUUUAUUUGGUCGAGCCAAUGUUCGAUUUUGGCUUGGUCAUCAAAAUGCGAAGUCGGGAAAUGGAAAUGGUGUUCAUCCUUCACCUUUAUUGACAGCAGGACAGACAGCUUUAAAUCUCAAAUCAUGCCUUAAAACAACCGAUGUGCAUGGGAAGAAGGAUCAGAGACAGCCAGUCAGUGUGAAGUUUUUGACUGGAAACCAGGACAGUUCUUUAUCAGAAACAAUAGCGACAAAGAACAGACUUGUUACUCUAUCUGGUCUGCCUUGUGAUUGUAGUAGCCAAAUAGGACCUGACAUUUCACUUCAAAUGCUUUUCCUUUUGGAGAAAUGUGAUCAAAUGGUCUGUAAAAUUAGAAACAGUCUGGGCCUCGAAUCUUAUUACUCAAUUUUCUCACAUGGUUAUUCAUAUAUUCCAGACAUGGCUAAUGAAUCGUGACGUGGAACUUGAGUGAAGCCAUGAUGAAUUUCCAUCACCAAAGGAGCGAGGGCAUAGAUCCCCUGAUAGACAUUCGGAGCCCCCGUUGCACAUAAUUCCACCGAUCGGCUUGUCCAC